AUGUGUCAAAAUUGCGACUCAGUUUUCUCUAAAUGCAAACUCGAGAGAUUACAUAAAGAAAUAUUUGCUUAUGGUGCAUCAGCCAUUCAUCAACUAUCUAAUGAAACCUUAAAUAAAGCAAAAAGAUUCAAUAAAGUCAACUUCACUUAUAGAGUGAAUGAAGCCACAAAUUGCUUUCGAUCCCCUGCUUUUUAA